GCUGUCAAUGUCAAUAUCCGGCGAUUUCUUGAUGAAUAUUUGCUCGUUAUUUUUAUUUAUUAAUAUUAAUUUCAAUUUUUGUCAUUUUAUCCGUGAUAGUACUUUUUCUUAACUGUAACUUAUUUUAGUAUCAUAACUUUCAAACUGUAUCCUGUUUAUUUAAACGGAUCUCAAUAACAUUUAUUAUCAAUUGUAGAAAAUUACAUACCCUCAUUAUGGCUCAAGAUUUAAUGAGUCAAUUUUACACAUGUCUCAAUCUGCCACUACAAGAAAAACUCGCAGAACUGACAAGAAUUAUAGAUACAGGACCGAGUAAAGAUCUGCAAAUUAUAUUUCCGCAAUUGGUGAACAAUAUUUUUGCAUCAACUUUUAGUAACGGAUGGGGUCUAAGAACAAUAACAUUUGAUGGAAACAGAUAUGACUUUGAGGCUUUGAUAAGAUUCCUAGAACCUUUGGGACCAAUAUUUCGCUUGUGCUAUAAACUUUUGUCAGAUUCAUUGUUGAAGUAUAAUUUGCCAAUAAAUGUUUUACCGUUAGAUUUGCAAAUGACUCUAGACAGAGGUAGAUGUCCUCAGUUUUAUGGAGAUAUGCUGACUAUGGACUCACAGUCCCUGAAUAUUGUAGCAUUAGCACUGAAUCCCUUUGACUAUUACAUAUUCAAUUUUGCAUUGCAUUUAGUUAAUAACAAUCAAAACAAAAGUUCCUGGGAAAAUUGGAAUAGUGUUUAUUUUGCAUUGGCAUGUGAUUAUCUUACACACUUUUUACCAUCUGAUCCUAAUAUACCUAUCUUACCGCAUAUACCAAAUUAUAAUGGAAAGGUACCCAUGGCAGCACCCUUGCAAACUGCUAGCAGACCUCUUUACUCUCCUUCGUUGUUACUGAUAUCUGAUAUAUCUGGUAUGGCCAAUCAACAUAAUCAGCAUACAACUCAGUCUCAGUCACGUAAUGAAGUUUGGCGUUCAGAGACAGUACUGCAGGUCUUUAUCGAUAUUUGGAUGAGUGUGGAGCAAUGCAAUUCAAACAAUGUUGAUAUGUACCAGAAAAAUUACUCCACAGUAUUUUCAAGUCCAGAACGUGUAAGGACAGUUCGGGUACUUGUGAAACAUAUACAUUCAUAUUCUGCGAAACAUUUAAUAGAUCUGGAGUCUCGAUCUUCCGCGCUCCGUAAAUAUGCGCGACAAAUUAUGUGUGUGAAAGGAUAUCAUUAUGUGAAACAUUUAGUUACUACGUGGCCAUUGGAUGCUUCAUUCAGACUGGUUCUGGAAUUGUGGUUGAGUCUUAUCCAGCCUUGGAGAUAUACAGAUAACAAUAUAAACCAGGACAGAUAUCCAACAUCAAAUAAUAAUCAAGAGGAAGGAAAUAGCAGUACUUUGGAUGCUAGCUUUACUCAAUAUAUAGCUGAGAACUUUCCUUCAUACACUUGCAUCUUUCAAUUAGUACUGCCAAGAUUUCUAAGAUUAGAUUUGACUGCCUAUAAAAAUGCAGUUAUGUUAUUCAGACUCGGCAAGGUAUUCUCACAGCAACAUUUAGUUCCAGUUUUAUGGAAUUUGGAACAAGCAAUGACUGAUACAUCUUCAGGCCUAAGUCAUACUCCAGAUACCAGUCACAAUAAUUCAGCUUUUGAACAAAGUUACACAUAUAAUGGUGUGGCUUUACACAAAUGGGUUGCCAUAGCAAAACAAGCACUAUCUGAACUAAAUUUAUCAGCAAAUUAUGAAUAUGACCCCAUUUGGAGUGACAACAAGAAACAAUAUGCAAUGGAAUUUGUACAGCGAAUACUUGCAGCUAAAAGUAUUUCAGAAAAAAACUUUGAUGAGAUUUGCAAGAGGAUCAGCCAACAAAAUCAAGGUAUUUGGAGUAGUAUAAAACAUUGGCUUAUGAUUGAUAACCAAUUUGAGGAUGAGAUGCUUUUGGAGGAGAGUAGAAAGGUGCCAACCUAUUUAACUGCCUCUAUUCAUCAUUUUUCAAAUAUCUUUGGAUUCAAUGAAAGCACAAUACUGCCUCCAGAACCAAUAGUUGAAGACACAUUGGAACAUUCUUCAUUCGCUAACUCCUCAAAUUUUCCAUUGCAUAUUACUAAUAAACUAAGAAGUAAACCGACUGAAGUUCAAUAUAUGGGUGAUCCAGAUCUAAUGCCAAUUACUUCAUAUGAGAGCACGAUAUUAGUUAGAAUGUUGUACCAAAUAUCUUCAAGGAUAAAUGAAAUGUUCCAGGAAGAAUUAACGACUUUUUGGAAUAAAGACAAUUUUUGGGGGUUUGUAGCCCGAGAAAUAUUACAAAAACCAUGUACCAUUCAUAUGUAUGUGAAAGAUGCAACAAACCAUCAGAAUGUUGUCAGCCAAAUUCUCCCCGCGCGACUGUCCUUAAGACGGCUGGGUUCCCAAGCAUUCGUCGUCUGGACCGCUAUAGGAUAUGCUCUGUUUAGGUUGUUCUCAUAUAGUGGAUUUACUUAUACCAUUUUCUUGUUUUUAUUUUGGAUUUUCUAUAUUUUUACAAAAGUUUGUUUAAAAAUGUUAAGAAUAAAUAAGUAAUAAUGAAAAUAGUAUUGUAAUUUAUCUAUAUUGAAUACAAAACAUAUUUUUGAUACUUCAA